AUGCCUGAGACUGGACAGGAGACCCCCAGCAGCCAGCCGCCGCCGCAACCCAAGGAGUCGCCUUUUUCCAUCAAGAACCUGCUCAACGGCGACCACCACAAGGCGCCUCCCAAGCAGCCCCGAGCGCUCUUCGCCCCGGCCACCAAGGGGGCUCUGGAUGGAGCCGGCUUUGCCCUCUCCCAGGUGGGCGAUCUCGCCUUCCCCCGCUUUGAGAUCCCGGCUCAGAGGUUUGCCCUGCAAGCGCACUACUUAGAGCGGUCCCCAGCCUCCUGGUGGUACCCGUACACCUUGACCGCCGCGGGAGGCCAUCUGCCCAGGCCAGAAGCUGCAGAGAAAUCUCUCCUGCGAGACUCCUCCCCGGCCUCGGGCACGGACAGAGACUCCCCGGAGCCCCUGCUCAAGGCUGAGCCGGACCACAAGGAGCUUGACUCGAAAAGCCCCGACGAGAUCAUUCUGGAGGAGAGUGACUCGGAGGAGGUGAAGAAGGAGGAGAACGGGGAGGACUGGAAAGCCAGGGAAGACAGCCCGGAGAAAAAGCCCUGCCGAAAGAAGAAGACCCGCACGGUCUUCUCCCGGAGCCAGGUGUUCCAGCUGGAGUCCACCUUUGACAUGAAGAGGUACCUGAGCAGCUCGGAGCGGGCCGGGUUGGCAGCAUCUCUGCACCUGACAGAGACCCAGGUCAAGAUCUGGUUUCAGAACAGAAGAAACAAGUGGAAAAGGCAGCUGGCCGCAGAGCUGGAGGCUGCCAAUCUCAGCCACGCUGCCGCCCAGAGAAUAGUGCGGGUGCCUAUCCUGUACCAUGAGAACUCCACCGCCGAGAACGGCACCUCGGCUGCCAACGUGCCCGUCAGCCAGCCCCUCUUAACAUUCCCUCACCCCGUCUACUACUCCCACCCUGUAGUCACAUCAGUACCACUCCUGCGACCCGUCUGAGAACUGACCCCAUUCAGCUUUCUGGUGCGCCAGUGGGGAGGGGGUGGCUUAAAAAAAUAAAUCACCAAACCUCUAGGUCAGGAGAGAGGCCCGAGGAAACGGAGCAGCUGUAAAUGAUCAGUAAUUUUGUAAGUACUCCAAUGAUUUGUGCAAUUCAUCAAGCGAAUAUUUGAUGCUCUUUUUUUAAUGGGUGGUUGUUAGGAGACAGGGGGGGACCCUAAAAAUAAAACCAGAGUUGAAGUGGAAACUUGUAGAGAACACUAGAAUUGUUACAUCUUUUGUAAACGUGAACAAAAUAUUGCGCUGAUCUUUGUGGCUUUAGUUUUAUUUUUGUAAACAACAGUCAAUAAAUGAUCACGGUUUACGCCUCC